AUGGCCAAGGCUAAGUCUAAGAGUACUAUCAUCAAGCUUAUAUCCUCGGCCGCGACCGGGUAUAGCCGUCAUGUUACUGUUAACAGAGGAGCUCCGUUAGUGAAGCAAGUGAGGUAUGAUCCUGUAGCGGAACGCCAUGUUUUGUUUACUGAGGCCAAGAAACGUAAGAUUGCUGAGAGAAGGCCUUUAGACUUUCUACGAACUAAUAAAUGA